CCAACGCAUCGCAGCGCUGCAACGCACCGAGCGCGAGCUGUUGGCCGAGAACCAAGACCUGACGCGCAAGCUUGCGGCCAUAAAGCAGCACCACGAGCGCCGAGCACGGCAAUGGGCCGAAGGCAUCCGCCGCAAGGAAGUCGAGUACGAGUCCCGGAUGCGGGAGCUGGGCGAGCAGCUGUUGGACCUCGUCAGCAGGCACCCGCAAAAGCUCCCCGACAUGCUGUCCAACGACGAGAUCUCGGCCUGGUUCGGGAGUUAAGACGCGGCCUGGAACAAAUGGGCGACCAACUUCGGGCACCAGGACCCCCGUCGGCUCCGCGUUCUCCAUCCGGUGCAGAUGCAGGAGCUGUGCGGCGAAGUCAGGGGCUUCGUGCGCAUGACCGAUGCGGGCGGCCUUCCGCCGGAAAUUCUCGAUGGCGGUAAAGAGGCCCUGCAGACUCUCCUCAAUGGCAUGCUGGCCCACUUCAUCUGCUCCGAGAUCAUCGCGUCGCCGAUGUGGGUGUUCGCCGCGACAUCGCUCGGCACAUUGGAGAGCCCCGGCAUAGUCCCUCCCAAGCCGAUGCCGAGUCUCCCGGGCCUCCGGAUGGACAUGAGCACCUUCGCCGACGUGGCUCCUCAACGGCCAGGCCCAGUCGAAACCCCACGGAGCCCACAGUUCCCCCCGCCGUUGAUCACAUCCAUGAUUCCGUCGCUUGGUAAUAGCGCGUCGUGUCUUGGAUUACCCCUGAAGCCUGACAUGGAGCGACUCGUGCACAUGCUUACUGAUGCCCAAAGAGACGAUGCCAGGGUGACGGCCCACCAUUGGCGGGCCCAGAUGAUGCGCCUGUUCGCCGACGGCGGCUUCAGCAUCAAGGACGUCGCUGCUGCGGGCAACAACGAGUCCCGCCGGACGUUUGUCGAAUCACGCCUAAACUACGCGCGGAAGCUGAAGGAGCGUUUCCUCGGAGGCUCGGCGCGGUUUCUGCUCCAGGAUCAGGAUGCUCGCGGCAUAGAGAGGCUGGAGAGCAAGUUGACAGAACUCAUUGACGACGCCCUGAGGUUCUCGUGCAGGCUGUGGACGCGUAUGGCACCCGUCCGCCUGUACGGGUGGAAGGACAUGGGGAGCAAGGAGAUCAAGGCGUCAACGUCCCUCGUCACCCUCUGCCACGCCCAGGUCGAAGUCGAAUCUCGCAGGCACCGCGCACAACAAGCUGGCAGGGAGAAACCGCCGCAAGACGGCCAGACCGAACAGCUUAUGGUCAUGGCCGUACAGCCCGCAGUUCUGGCUGAGAACAUCAGCCUCCCGCUCAACAGCGUCGGCAGAGGCGAUGAUGGCAUGGCUUUGGUCUGGCUGAAGGCACGAGUCAUGCUCGCAGGUCCAAUGUCUGUGGACGGUCCGGAGCCGGAGCCGGAUGUUGCGGGCGCAACAACACCCUCCAAGCCCUCAUCACCCCCAUCCCCACCAGCCGAGGACACCGCGAGCAAGUCGACGACCGGUUCCGGGGCAUCACCACAGCCUGGUGCUGGUGCGCCACAGACCUGCGAAGUGUUGCCUGCCGCGUCUUUCAAGGCACCACCAGGUAAGAAGGCUACAGAUUAUUAGGGCGGCAAAAGCGGUUUCGGAGCAAUACAAGAAGUCUUGUCCAGAUACGGCGGCGGCUACGCGACACACGAAUUGAGA